AUGGAGUUUCCCCUGGCCCAGACAUACCCCCAAGGGAAUGAUGAAGCCCCUGCCCCAACCUUCAGCACCUUCCAGCCUAUGGAUUUGACUCGCAGGAGCUGCCAGGGUCUGGGCUUCACACAGGCAUCUCCUCAGGCCCCGGGGGCUGCCUUCAUCCCAGGGAGUGCUGAGAGGGCUGAAGAGGUGCCUGGGGAAGGAGGCCUGUCCCUGCAGAAGGAGAUCCGCACUUGGUUCCAGAAGACCCAGGCCCGCUGGCUCCUGCAGCAUGGGGUGGCCCCUGCCUGGUUCCAUGGCUUCAUCACCCGGAGAGUUCCGCCUCUUCUCUUCAUCACCCUCAGGGAGGCCGAGAGGCUGCUGGAGUCCAAGCCUCAAGGAUGCUACUUGGUGCGGUUCAGCGAGAGCGCCGUCACCUUUGUGCUGACUUACAGGAGCCGGACUUGCUGCCGCCACUUCCUGCUGGCCCAGCUCAGGGACGGGCGCCACGUGGUGCUGGGCGAGGACAGCGCCCACGCGCGGCUGCAGGACCUGCUGCAGCACUACAAGGCGUGCCCGCUCAGCCCCUAUGGAGAGACGCUCACCGAGCCCCUCGCCCGCCAGACUCCUGAGCCUGCAGGACUUUCCCUAAGGAUUGAAGAAUCAAACUCUGGAAGCAAAAGCCAGGACCCAAACUCCCAGUACAGCCUGGUCAUCAGACAGGGGCAGGCCUCAGCCCCAACGCAGGAGGGGGCCUGGGAGCCAAAGGAGCCCUCCCAGCCUCCCAGGCCCAAGCUUCCCAUCCCUGCCAAACCUCAGCCAUCCCAUGAAGUCUACACAAGCCCUGCUCCGCGUCCCCACCCAGCCCCACCCCUCAAGCCCACCAACCCUAUCUACCACGAGCCUGAUGAACCCAUAGCCUUCUACGCCAUGGGCCGAGGCAGCCCCAGGGAAGCCCCCAGCAACAUCUAUGCCGAGGUGGAAGUGCCAUCAGUGACCACAGCAUUUGAGGGCCCACCAUCCAGCCUCCACCACUCUGUCCUACAGAAGUGCCAGUCCAGGCCUAUCCCAGGAGGCCAGAAUCCAGGUGGUCCACAGCUGCAUUCUGAGAACUCUACGGCUGGAGAAGGCCCUUCUCUGCCCCAUCAGCCCCCAGCCCCCUGGAGGCACACCUUCCCCAACCUUUCUAGACAAAUGCUUCAGGACAAAGGACAGGCAUGGCUCCCCCUUGGGCCUCCUCAGUAG